GUCGAAUCCAACCCCAGCCAGAAGAUAAUAGGCGAGUCAGACGGCGGAGAGAGACUCAGUGUUCGUCGUUCCUCGGCACGCCUAUCUCGAAAAUCGACAAAAAACCAUCAAAAACCAACGAUGUGUUCAGACCAGUGAUAACCGCCCGCAAAAUCACUGCAAACCAAACUCUUCCGUUAAGGCCGAACCACGCCGGUUUAAAGUUACAGUGUGCUUGUGAAAACCCGGAAAAGUCCGUCGGUGCAGUGGGGAACGGUUUCGAGGAGUUUUAUCGCGAGCUUUAAAACAGAAUACAAGAUGGCCCACCUCGUAACGAGUGCACUUGAUAACUACCACGGCAUUCUAGACAAAGGCGAUCCGAGGGUGAAAGGAUGGGCUAUGAUGGCGAGUCCGAUUCCGACGCUGCUGAUUUGUCUAUUUUACGCCUAUUUUUCCACAGUACUGGGACCCAAACUUAUGGAAAAUAGAAAACCGUUUAACUUAAGGAAAGUUUUAAUUUUUUAUAAUUUUAUACAAACGUUAUUCAGCGCAUGGAUAUUUUAUGAGUACUUAAUGAGCGGAUGGUGGGGAAGUUACAGCUUCAGGUGUCAGCCUGUCGAUUAUUCGAAUAGUCCGAUGGCUUUGCGUAUGGCUAGAACGUGCUGGUGGUAUUAUUUUUCCAAAUUCACAGAAUUUUUCGACACUUUAUUUUUCAUUUUACGCAAGAAAAAUAGUCACGUGUCUACACUUCACGUCAUUCAUCACGGUUGCAUGCCAUUCUCCGUCUGGAUGGGGAUGAAAUUCGCACCAGGGGGUCACAGUACCUUCUUCGCUUUGCUCAACACUUUUGUACAUAUUGUCAUGUACUUUUACUACAUGGUAUCAGCAAUGGGUCCUGAAUACCAGAAGUACAUUUGGUGGAAGAAGUAUCUCACUACUUUCCAAAUGGUGCAAUUCGUCGCCAUUUUCGCACAUCAAUUCCAGCUCCUCUUCACCGAGUGUAACUACCCCAAAGGGUUCAUGAUCUGGAUCGCGCUCCACGGCGUCUUGUUCUUAUUCUUGUUUUCGGACUUCUACAAAGUGAAAUACACCAACGAUAAAUCGGCUGUGAAGAAUAGAAACACCGGAGCUUGCAUGCCUGUCCUCGAAGACGAGAAGUCUCAAAAUGGUACAAUCAAAAAGUCCGACAGCAACGGUACUCUCAACAACACUUACAUCAAGAGCGAGUACUCGGACUCGUACAAAGCGUACUAUUCGAAUGGCAGCACGAACGGCUUCAUAGUGCAGCGCGAGUCGAAGAAGCUCGACUAAAUUUAACCUGUUACGCUAUCAAAUUCUGGGUACAAAAUUUUUGUAUUUACUUGUUUAAUUAUACAUUAUUUAUUAGAUACUGCAAAUUUUA